AAACCAUUUAAAACUCACGACCAAACUAUAUGCCUCUACUAGGUGUUUAGCAAGUUCAUGUAAGAUGCACGUUAUACCUUAACAACGUGUGGGUUGACUUCAGCAGUUUAACUAUAUUCGCUACUUUGAGUACUGUGUGGUAGCCAAGUUAGCUUAUGAGCAAGCUACAUUUCCAUGGCUUUGAAGUUGAUUGGCGUUUCCGAAAAUGCAGCAAUGCUCCCCGACGACUACGGUUGUGUGGUGGCGAAUCGUUUCUGUCAGCUUGUGGAUGACGAGGCCGACCCGUUUGACUUUAUAAAACAGGCCGAGGUACAGAAGGAGAAGAAAAAGAAAGCAAACCAAAUGACAGUGAAGCCUAAAAAACCUGGACAGAAGGAGUCCCAGAGAGAUAGGCGGGUCCCCGUUUUAGCCGACAGAGAAGACAACUUGCCAAGAAAUGAAACAGGUGGUAAGUGUUCUGCCCGAGGGGGCGUGGUCCAGAAUGAGAGCAGAGGGGUGGUGGGGGCUGAGAGGGGCGCAAGGCGAGGUGUCCUUGGGGAACGCAGGACCAACCAAGAGGAACACCCACCGGAGUACUCCAUCCAGAAGCCAGCUUAUUAUGCUUAUGGCCAAGUUCAAGGUGGUGGCUACAGAAACAUGGAUACUACCGGUAGCUUCAACCUGAGGGGCAAGAGAGAAUAUGAACGCCACAGUGGAACAGGCAUCUCCCUUGAGGAGAAGAGAGGAGGACGUGUGGCCUGGAACAGGGGCUGUGUUCAAGACCCUAUUUCCAUGGGUGAUGUAGGGGUGAAUGUGAAGCCUGAUGCAGGAGGCAUCCCACCUGAGGCCGGCCAACAGCCAGCAGAGAUGGCGGGAGAGAAUCACCUAUCAGAGGUGGAGGGGGAUGUGGUGGUCCAAGUUGACAUGGAGAUGUCUCUGGACGAGUGGAAGGCCCUGCAGGAGCGUAGUCGCCCCAAGGCGGAGUUUAACCUCCGUAAGCUGGACUGCAAGGUGCCCUCCAAGGCCAGAGUAAUACACAAGUCCAAACGCAUUGAGAACUUGAAGGCGGUGUCUGUGGAGGAACAGGAAGAGGACUGCCACUUCCCCAGUCUGCGCAGGUCUGCCAAUGACAUCACUUCCCACUUGGAGUUCAACUUUGGCAGCCUGCUGCGCCCCAGCCGAGGGGGGAGGGGGCAAGGCAGGGGGGGGAGAGGGGGGAUGACUGAAAAGGUAGGUCUUCUCUCCUUUAGACAAGAUGCUGGAAACCACUACAUUAGGGCAGGGGGUUUUAUACAUUUUUUUACAUUUUAGUCAUUUAGCGGACGCUCUUAUCCAGAGCGACUUACAGUAGUGAAUGCAUACAUUUUUUUUUCUCCGUACUGGUCCCCCGUGGGAAUUGAACCCACAACCCUGGCGUUGCAAACACCAUGCUCUACCAACUGAGCCACACGGGACUAUACAGACCAGUUUAAUUUUGACAUGAAUGCUGCCGGCAACUGUUUGACCAUUUCCUGGUAGAAAUGUUUUUUAUUAAAUACAAUGACUGAUUACGUAAAGAAAUAAUCUGACCAUUUUGUUAGGUGAGAACUGUCGUGUCUUUGGGGGUACCAUUAAACUGAAGACAUGUUUAUCAAUUAGCUCCCUGUAAUUAUUAUCAUGCGAUUAAACUGAUUAAUCGU